AUGGCUGCAGCGAUCUGGACAGCACAGAGUUGCUCGAUCUGUCAUCUAUGGUCUUCUCUGCAGGGCCGCGCAUGGGCACCAGACGAAACUUUUGUGCCACCGCCUUGCUGCAGCCUGGAGGCGCUGGUGGUAAUCCGGUCGUUUCUAUGGCGAGUGUAUCCUUCUACACGUGGCCCCAACAAAUGA